AUGUAUAGAUUGUUUUGCAAUGAUAUUAAUAAGAUUAGAAAUCUGAACUUGUGUAGAAAUUUGAGGCCGUUUAGGGCCUCCAAUCAUUCGCAUUUCCAUACUUCUGUGGCCAAUGUUGCUGAUAAAAUAGCUUACAGAGUUUUAAAGUUUGGUGUAGCAUCCACUGUUGUUGGCGGUUUGGGCUACUUCGGGUACUCAAACGACCUGUUGCCGCUGUCGCCUAAGAUUCCUCUAGAAGAGGCUGAUGAAGAUUCUUUUGAUUCCAUGGACAACUUAGCCGUCGUUAUCUUAAACAGUAGAAGAGACUACCAGAGGAAGACCAUUGAGCUCCUGCGUUCAAUGCUCCCCGAGGGUGUCAGCUUGUAUUAUAGUGUGAAGAAGGCGCGUCAGGAAGGCGCAAUGGUUAUGGUCUGUAAAGGGAUGCGGAAAAAGUAUUUCCCUCUUGCUAAAUUGGCCGAGGAAUCGGCUCGCGAUGAGAUUAGGAACGAAGUGGAGGUUUUUUUCAAGCCCAUUUCGCAGGAAGUUUACAUUUUAAACAACGAGAGGGUGCCUGAGUACGUUUCGUACAAGGACUUUCAGUCGAGGGUUGUCAAUCUCGCAACUGAAGAUAGUCCAAUCAUUCUUCAAAUGUUUGAAAAUUCCUGUUUUCUGUGCUUCUUAAUAAGGCCUUUUAUAAAUUCAGUAAAUAAGCAUUUGGUGUCCAUAGAGCAUCCGAUCAGGAUUAAGAGGCUGAACCUUGAGUUGAACGACUUCCCCAAUGGGUGUCCAGUUACAAGAGCAACACCGACGUUUGUUUUCUACAAUGGGCAGAAGAACGGAGAUAAGUGGGAGGAGUUUAAGCCUCAGGACUUUGUAAGGAAGCUUUCAGAGGUUGGAAACUUGAGUGAGGAUAGUAAGGCGUAUUUAACUGAACUGUGCGAGAAGAUUUCAGAGAGAUUUGCACUGUUCGGAAGGCUUGCGCAUUGGCUGUCAGAAUCGCACCGCUUACAGGAUUUGAUGCUGAAGAGGUAUUCUCCAGAAUAUGAACUAACAAGUGACGAGCUUUGUUUUCUUGUUUAUGAUAAGCAUAGUCAUUUAAAUACUGGUACCAGUAGCAAUAAUACUGUCAGUACCACCUUAUUGGUAAUUGCAAUAUUGGCAGUACUGUUAUUAGCAUUUUCAAUAACUAUAAUACUGGUGGUACUAUCGUCAGUGUCAGUAGCAUUAAUAAUAUUGAUAAUUAUAACUAUUCAACAGGAUAUGAAAAAGAGUGACAAUUUAGAGGAGAAUUUGGUCAAUUUGAAGAACGAGAUCGAAUCCGCCGAAAAGGACUGCAUUGCAAUUGCAGAAAUGUUGGCGCAGGAGAUACUCGAGUCUGAAAAAUCUCCCGAAUGUUAA